AUGGACAGGCGAAUGCGUUUCACAGUCUUACCUCGUUUCACAUCCUUUUCCGCUGGUGCCCUAUCGGCUCACAGCGCGUCCAAGCCAACCGUGGUGUCCCGUAAGCGGCCGUCCACAGUCGACGUACGCUUGAAUACAGCCCAGCAUCCGUCAGUUCCCAGUUGCCUCGAUCGUUCCAUUCAUCGAGAUGAACGCGUGCUGGAGAACCUGCUCAUUGCGGAGGAGAACCUUAAGUCAAAUCAUCUGUACUUCACCGCCGUCCAGGAGCACAUUGAGCCAAUACAUCGCGAACAGGCGGUGGAAUGGAUUUUCGAUGUGGCAAAGGAGGAGAAAUGUGACGCGGACGUCUUCCCGCUGGCGGUGUCCCUCAUUGAUCGCUUUCUCUCCCUACAAAACAUAUUCCGGCAAGAUAUUCAGGUCUUAGCUGGCGUGUGUUUAUUUAUCGCUAGCAAGGUGAAGGCGCCGCAACCAAUGAAUGCGGCACGUGUGUCGUACUACACAGCGGACAGCGUCAAAGUUCAUGAUGUUUUGAGUUGGGAACUACUUGUACUGGCAAACCUCAACUGGGAGAUCACGUCACCGACCGGAUUUGACUUCUUCGAUCAUCUAUCCGCCCGUCUGCCAUCACUGCAUACGCUACGACCUGCGUUCACAUCGGUUCUGCACAGGAUUCAACGCUGUAAGUUUUGGUUCUGCAGCCUAGAUCAAGCUUUUUUGGGCAAACAAAGCUAUCUCAGCACUAGAAUAGAUGACCUUUCAAAAGGGCGUUUAGCUCGCAACAUGUGUGCUUUCUCCUCUGCCCUCUUGCCUUUCUUGCCUAAUCUGUAA